AUGCAACAAACUAAGAUUGAAAAUAUCAUUGCAUAUACGGCGAUACCAGAUCCAGGAAAGUGUCCUAGCAAAGUAUAUUCUGGAAAUCCCGAAGUUUGUAAAAUUUUAAUAAAAAAUAUAUAUAGUCAUAAUUUUUAUUUGGCUCAUGGUGGUCCUCACACAUUUAUCGGUGGAAAUAUGGCAUAUAUAACUACAUCAGCAAACGACCCUGUUUUUUACAAUCAUCACUGUUUUGUUGAUUUUCUUUUCGAACAGUGGCGACAAGCAAGACAAAAUUAUUCUGAAAGGCCAGUUCAAUACCCACUUGAUAAUCCUGCAUGCGAAACAGAAAUUCAUUACAGAAAUAAUAAAAUGACACAAUUUCCAUAUAUAACAAAUAUCGAUGGAUGUAGAAACGAAUAUACUGACAAUAUGUAUGAAUAUGCUCCGAGGCCAAAUUGUAGUUUGAAUAAGCCUGAUUGUGGCUCAAAGUAA